GGUAAAGUAAAGCACACAAGCAGCAAAAUGAGGGAAGAAGCCCACAAGCAGCGGCGAGCAGGUGUCGCACGGAAUCGCCAUGGAAUGUUGGGCCUCCUCAUCUUGCUCGUUUACACUAGCAGCGAGACCGUGAGAACGGAUGCCUUUGUUUCCCCGGUCGCACUCUCGGAUACCGCGAGAAGAAAUUCUGAAAUUGUUCGUCAAGGUUUUUCGGGAAAGAACACACCGAGGCAAGUGCUUUUGCGCUCAACAACAUCUUCUUCGCAGUCGUCGUCUUUGUCAGCAUCUUCUCCAUCUUUCAGCAGUCUGAAAGAAUUCAAUGCACAUUUAGAAACGCUGGUUUCAAAGUGUUCUUCGUCCAACGAACCCGUCAUUGUUCGGGCGGCACAAUGCCAAGAGCUAUGGGAAAAUGCGAAGGAAAACGAAAGCAACUUUGAGCCUGACUCGGAUUCUUUCCAAUUCGUCCUAUCUGCUUGGAAUCAAUGUACUCAAACCCUAGUUAGGAGCCGUAGAAAUAGUCAAACGCUGCCUUCGGAAAAAGGAAUGAGCGUCGAGGUCUACACUCCUUUGGAUGCUGCGAAACGUGCGACGACUCUUUUGUUCGCCUACCCUGACCCAGAUUUGACUGCCUACAACACUGUUGUGGAAACUUGGAGCAAGAGUAGGGUAUCCGAAUCGCCCGAAGCCGCUGAACGACUCCUACGGCGGAUGAUGGACGAUGAAUCUAUUGAACCAAAUACGAAUACAUACAACUUUCUCAUCGAUGCCUGGGCAAACAGUAACAAACCGAAUUCCCUGGAUAAGGCCACUCAAAUAUACCGACACAUGGAAAAGAUUAGCAAAGAUGACACCAAGGGCAACGUGAAACCGACGAUUCGAACCAUAAAUGCGGUUCUGCACGCGUACGCUAGAAAAUCUGCUCAGUUUACCAGCCAAAACGAUCAGGAAGGUUUCGAAAAGGCGGCUGAAUGCGCCGCUGCAUCUCUCGAUCUCCUGGAAGAAACAAAAAAACGUUACAAAGAAACCCAUGAUUUGAAUUGGCAACCAGAUAUUGCUACAUACACAAGCGUGAUGGACGUACAUUCACGGUGUGCAACCUAUAGGACCACUCGAAUAGCAGGAGAACUUCUCGCCGAAGUUAAGAAGCUCUAUGAAAAAACUGGAAACAAUCGACACAAGCCCAACUUCCGGACCUACACAGCACUCGUUACUGCAUGGUCUCGCACAAGAUCCGAUGAGUCUCCUCGGCAGGUAGAGGCCAUUAUGAACGAAAUGAAGCAGGCCGGGGAGAGGCCAAACACUAGAACUUACACUUCUGCCGUGCAGUGUUGGGCAAGAUCAAGGGAUCCAUAUAAGGCCAAACGAGUCCUGAAGUUGCUGAUGGCAAUGAGAGACGAGUACAAAAAAUCUAAAAGUGAACACAUUCGUCCCACGACUUUGACCUAUAAUACUGCGAUUGAUGCUUGCGCACGGUGUCAAGGAUCUCCGGAUCAAAAAACAGAGUCUUUAAAAAUUGCCUUCGCGUUUCUGAAGACUCUUGAAAUGGACGAAGAAGUUGAACCAGAUAGCACAACUUAUUCUACUCUGAUUAGAGCUUUGAACUUUUUAAUGCCAAGCGGUGAUGAACGCAAUGGAGUAGCUACAGCGGUUUUCGAAAAAGCCAAAAAAGCUGGACUUGUUGAACUUCUAACGGUGAAGAAUCUUCGAAUGGUAUUGGAUUCCGAAACCAUGCGCACAGCACUGGAGGGAAAAUUAGAGCGAAACGGAGAAUUCAACUACGGGAACCUGCCAGCUUCUUGGAAAAAAAAUGCUAACAAAGACUGAGGCAUAGUAAAAUAACUUUAAUGAU